GCCUUCGUCUCGGCGUCUCCCGAAAGGCCGAAACCCCUUCCCCUUUUCCCGCCCAUUCCCACCCCCAAAAUCCCCAAAACACGGCCGCAAAAUUUCCCCACUCGGCUCCUCCGCUCACCUCCACAGAUGGCAAUGGAGGCCGCCGCCGCCGACCUCCUCGCCGCCCUCUCGUCCCCGUCCUCCCACGCCGGCCUCCACUCCCGGUUCGCCGCCUACCUUCAGCCCUUCACCCCCUACCUGCCCACCGCAAACCCUAACCCCAAGCCGCCGCCGAGGAGGGCGACGAAGCAAACCAAGCAGCCGCCGCCGCCGCCCGACGCGGCUACCCUCCGCUCCCUCGCGAAGCGAUUCCUCCCAUUCAUCGCCCGCGCGCUCCAGCUCCUCCCGCCGCUCGUCCGCGCGAGUCCUGGCUCGGGCGAUGCGGGUGGCGGGGCCCCCGACGAACUCCUCGAGACCUACGGCCUCCUCUUGGACUGCCUCGAGGCCAUAUCACCCUGCCUCGCGGGGAAGCCCUACUCCGUGCUUCUCCAGCGGGGCCGCUUUGUCUGCUUCCUUGAGUCGCGCGGCCACCUCGGUCGCGCCAAUGCGGAGGCGGCUGCUGCCCUCGAUGCUCUCUGCUCUUCGCUCUCUCCACCUACCACGAGCACGAAGUCACGACGAGGCGCUGCAAGCGUUGCUCCCGCCCUCCUUCCGGACCCUGGCAGUGCUGGGGACGCUGGCAGGGACCCUGAAGUCACCACCCUCGCGGUAGAGCUCACCGUCUGCCUUGCUAAUUGUGCCAGCAAGGACAAGGUGAAGGAAGCUGCCCCAUACGAACGGGUUCUCAGUCUGGUUCAGCAGCUACAGCCAUGGCUUCUGAUACUGGCUGAUGACGUCCGCAGAAAAUAUCUCAUUCUGCUUGUGAAUGCACUAACCCGGUGCACCUUUUUCUUGGUUGCUGAAUCUUCAACCUUCAGAACUGAUCUGGUGCAUAGAUUCUGUGGUUCUAUGAUAGAAGAGUGUGUGAAGGCGCAAAUGAUUGAGCGUUUGCCAGCAAUUGCUCGCAAGAUUUGCUCUUCCGUAGAUUUGAGUUGGGGAGGGAGCACAGAGCUUUUGCUCCAUGUGUUAAAAGAAGUCACUGAUUCUGUUGUACGUGUAAAGGCUGACUUACCGAAAGCUGUAGAUGAGCUUAUGCUAUUUGUGGCAUAUUUUACUCGGUGCAUUCUUUCUGGCAAUAGGGAUUUAUGUCUUGGCACUUCAGAACUACUUUAUAAACAAGGCGAUUAUUUCUCUGAGGUUUCCUCUUCUACUGCCUCAGUGCUUCUUCUUUAUGCGACUGGAUUAUACUUUAGCACCCAGCAAGGAGAAAGUGAAGUGCAUCCAUCUUUGUCAGUGGAUAUUCUCAACAAUCAAAAGUACCUACAAGCUUUAGACAAAGCAAUGGUCACAACGGCACCUCGGUCAAAUGAUAAAACAUCUUCAAUGGCAUACUUGGAUGCUUUGGAGUUUGUUUGCAAGGUAUUAUUGCAGCAAGUAAAUGCAGUGUGGAAGAGCUUCUCUGAUGGAGAAGCAAUCCAUUAUUCUGGAAACAUGGACUAUGUCUUGACAGCACUGCAUCGGUUCAUCGAUUCCAGCUUUGCAGCUUAUAGCUGCACAAAAAUGUCCGAAGGAGACAACGAGAGACUGCAUGAACAGCGUCGAACCUUACUGAGAGUCCUUGUUUUAGUGAUUAAAGUUUCCUUUAUCACCAACAAAGAUGUUCAGAAGAGCCUGGACUCCAUCAAUCGUGCCAUUUCAAGUAAAUGGUUAAUGCUUGAGGAGCUGAAAUUCUUGAUAUCUUCACUUGGCAACAUUGGAGUGACACUUCAUAAUACUGGGCAUUUUAAAGAGGCACUGAAAGCUCUAGAAUUAUGCUGCCAAACAAUAUGGGCAUAUGUCGAGCUUUCUUACUGUACACUGUCAUCAAGGACAGAAGGAAACGGAAUUAUUGAGGAUUUGCCCAAGGAUACAUUGAACGAUAUUGUUUUGGAUGGAUUUGCCAGGAUUGAGAAGAUGGUUAACACUCUACAUAGAUGUGGAUCAAAAAACACACGUGAGAUUGUUGUGAAGAGCUUGUCUAAAUUGUUGGCUUAUGGCACCGUUUCUGAAUACUUCAAUAGCUCUUUGAUACUGAUCAAGUUGUGGGUUAAGACCACAUGCAAAGAUUUUGAGAAUAAUAAAGGUGUGGAUAGUGCUCCACUUCUCUAUAACUCUCUUUUAGGCUGUCCGUCUCCGUUGCCAAAGGAAUUGAUAGGCUUGAUUGUAGAGCAGGAGUCGUUAGCAUAUGGAUUAAUGGAAGCCCGAGGCUCAGUAUUCUCUGCCGAAAUGCAAAUGAGGGUCAUAAAUAUUCUUCUGGAUGAAAUUUACUGUUCAAAAGAAUGUUUUCGGGAGAGGUCAAGGGUCCUUGUUAGAAAGGCAGGUGCACUUCGUGCCCGUGGAGUGCAAAACAUAAGUAGCUGCCUUGAUACUUUAUCUGAAGCAAUAUCAUUACUGGAUUUAUCUCGUGGCGAUGCUAUUGUGACCAACCAAUUGGCUAUUGCACACUGCUUGUAUGCACAUUGUGCUCAGGAAGGCAAUCUUGGUGGAGAGGUAAUAUUUGAAAAUGCUAGGAGAGCACUUAGCUUGUGGUCCCGAGUGGAAUCAUUUCAUCAUUCUGAUCCUGGUAUGGUCUUGCAACAGCCAUCAAGAACUAUUGUACCACUUCUUUGUUCUCUGGUUGAUUUGCUAUCUAUGAAGGGCUGUUUUGAGCUUCAAUUUAAGCUGUGCGAAGUUAUGAUAAUGAUAUGGAAGCAAGAAAACCUACCCCUUGAAAAGUUAAUGUCCUUGCUGUUCACCAAUGGGCGCCUUAGCCAUGCAUGCUGUCAUCUCCCACUGGAUGAGCAAUUUAUUUAUAUUGCAGAGCAUCUUGGUGUAGAUUGCCACCAAACUGAAUUUUGGAGAAAAUGUUUUGAAGGAGACCAUCCUUCAUUUUUUAUGUUUCUUCAGAGGAUGUUGCAUAGUGACUUGUUUAUUCCUCAAUCAUGUGAACAUUCCUUUGGAAGGCAGUUCAGUUUUGAUGCGGGUGUUGAUGAAGUUAGAGAAGUUGCCUUGUCUCUGGUUUCUGAAGAUACUUCAAAUGACCAAUCAACCUUUCUAGCUGGCUAUUUAUACUAUGAUUUGUCCGAAAGACUUCUUUCAUGUGGACUACUUUUCCAGGCCUUUUCACAUGGAAAAGAAGCUCUCGAUUUGCGCAAAAAGCUCCUAAAAAGGAAGUUCAAACUCAAUUCGGGGGUGUCUGCAAAUACGAAAAGCCAACAUUGCGGGCAGGACUUAGUUUCUCUUGAAGCGUGGGGACCAGCCAUAGCUGAAAUUUGGCCAGAUUGCAGCAGAUCAACCAGCGCGAGAGAUUCUUUCCUUACUCCAUGGAACGUACUUAGAUGCUAUCUUGAGAGCACUUUACAGGUUGCUAUGAUGCACGAAUUGAUUGGCAAUGGCACUGAAGCGGAAAUUCUGUUACGGACUGGAAAAGAGAUAUCAGAUUUUCAUGGGUUAUCAGUUUUCUGUAUUGCUUUUACAUCAUUGCUAGGUCAACUAUACCGUAAGCGAUAUCUAUGUGAUGAAGCAGAUAGUGAGCUUAAAUAUGCCCGAGAUCUUCUUGUGGAAAAUGAUGCAAUUAUUUCAUGUAAGCCAUGCAAGUUGACUAUGGAGAUAUCAGUUGACAUGCAAGAUGGUGAUCUCUCUUGGAGUCUCUUUGAAAAAGAUUGCCAGGAACAGUCUGGAAAAAAGGAACUGUCUAGUGCUUUAGGCAAGUACCAAUCUGCAAUAAAUAAAUGGAACAGCACUGACUUGAAAUUUUGUACUGGGUCCUCUGAUAGCUGUAAAACUGGCUGUCCUGUGUGCAACAAAGAUUGUAUUAUACCAAUCAAGCAUGAGGCUUGUAAUCAGGGGAAAGAAUUUCUAACUUCAAAGGAUGGUGUGCUACCUCCGUGUAGUGUUUGUGUACUGUUGAGACAAGCAUCUGUUCAUCACUGCAAUGAGUCCACAAAAUUAAAAGCUCUAAGAAAAAACUUGAGGAAUGCUGAAGCUAGUCCACCAUUAGAUGUUAAAGCUAAGAGGACAUCCAGAAAUUCAUCACGUUUAGCCAAGGAACAUAUUGUGGAGACUCAUGCAAAGACUAUAAUUCGCUCUAGCAAGCGAAAUGCACAUUUGAAAGGUGCAAAGGCUUCAACCGAGCUUAAUAGUAAAAAUGGCACAUCUUGGAGUGAUGAAUUGCCUAAAGAUGCUUUGGUUUGUGGUGAAGCUUUUCCUGAUGGCAUCGACCACAGCAAAGAUGACCUAUGCAAUAUGUUUGGUUGUUGGAAGUGCCUUUUGGUUAAAUCUCUCAAAUCUGGGUGCAUUCGGAAUAUUUUGCAGUUCAGAUUGGACUGUGUUCGCCGGCGCCAGCUUGUGCCACUUCUGUUGAAAAAAGCUAGAGCCUUGGGAUCUCACAGGGGAGGUUAUGUGGAUCAUGAGGUUCAUAGUAUAUAUUGGCGGUGCAUAUCUCUGCUGUACUUCAGAUCCCUUCCACAGGAUUGUUAUAGGACAUAUGAGCCUCAUCUAGUUGGACUAAUCGUGGAUGGGAGUACUGGCGAUUUUCUUCCUUUCGAGCGUGCAGAAAUACUACGCAGUAUGAGCUUCUUUUUGCUAAAAGGCUCCCUUUCUGAACAGUCAAGGGACGUCUGCUGCAGCUUAUUCAAUGUAAAAUUGUCUGACGUCGUUCCCUGGUUGCUCAAAGCUUUCGUUCUAUCCAGAGAAAGUCCCUCGCUUUUUCAGGAGGUUUGCAAGUUAAUUGCAUGCAUAUUCUUGCUGUCAACAAGAGAUUCCUCGAUCCAAUGGCCUUUGUGCUCUCAAGGAUCUCUCACUUUGAAUCAUUGGGCAGCAUACUUCCAUCAGAUUUCUGUGGGAACUUAUCUCAAUUGCCAUUACCUUGCUAACUUACAAGCAUUUCCCAGGGAAAAGGUUCAGAAGAGUACCCUUGCAGAUUUCAGAAGUGGGAUGGAUGGGGAUGUUUCAAAAAGUCUCAGGUAUCCAUCAAUGGACAUAGAAUAUAUCGAGAAACACAUAACUGAAUUCUUCCAAAAACUGCCAGAUGUACCAGUUGUCUGUGUUAGUAUGCUUGGAGGUGAUUAUGCGAAUGUCAUUGCGAAAUUUGUUCUCGACCCUUCCUAUUUUCCUGCUUGGAUGUUGCUUUCAAGGUUUGACUCAACAGGCGAACCUACUACAAUGCUUCUUCCGGUGGAUGCUAUUUCAGGAUCACAAUCUGAAGAUUCUUCCAUCAAAGAUUUGGGCAAUCCAAUAGGAGUUUUAGAUAAGAAGUGGCAGUGCCCUUGGGGCUAUGCAAUUACAGACUAUGUGGCUCCAACUUUCAAAAAAAUACUUGACGAGAAUUUUGUAUCCCUCUCUAGUGCUACCCUCACUAUAAAUGAUGUACACGCAGAUCACGUUAGGUGGUGGUCACAUAGAAUGAAGCUCAACAACUGCCUUGAUAACAUGCUGAAAGACAUGGAAGAAUCUUGGUUUGGACCCUGGAAAUGCCUUCUCUUGGGCCACCAAUUAUCUGAUCAACACAUGGAGGCAGCAUUGUCAGAAGUUGACUUUAAAGCUAAUCCAACACUCAUCAAGGCUAUCCUUGGUGGUGCUGUGUCGGUGGAUGAAGUGCAAGAAUGUGUUUAUCAACUUGUUUUGUAUAAAGGUUACUUUGGAAGGGGAGGUUGCUGUGGGAAAGAUAGACUUAGAGGCUUCUCUUGCCAGAUUGAGGAUGAAGCUUUGGAAGCACUCACAUAUACUAUUAAAAAUGCAGCGAAUGAACUGCCUAAGCCAGUUGAUAGAGAUCCCAUCAUUUUAGUUCUUGAUAUCAAUGUACAGAUGCUUCCUUGGGAGAACUUGCCUGUAUUAAGGAAUCAAGAGAUAUAUCGUAUGCCAUCAAUGACUAGCAUCUUUUUAGCACUAUCUCGAAGUAAUAACCUCCGCAAAGAUGGCAGUGUCAUGGCGCCUCCUUUUCCUGUCAUUGACCCUUUCAAUACUUUUUAUCUAUUGAAUCCAAGUGGUGACCUGAGCAGCACACAAGAAGAAUUUGAUCAGUUGUUCAGAAACUAUGACUGGAAGGGAAAGGCUGGGGAUCCUCCUCCAGAGGCUGGAGAGCUAGCUGUGGCCUUGACAAAUCAUGAUCUGUUCCUCUAUUUUGGACAUGGAAGCGGAACUCAGUAUGUUUCUGGGAAGGAAAUUGAGAAGUUAAAUAAUUGUGCAGCUGCUCUUCUUAUGGGAUGUAGCAGUGGAACACUUCACUGCAAAGGGAGCUAUGCUCCUCGAGGGGCCCCUUUGUCAUAUUUAUCCGCUGGUUCCCCUGCUAUCAUUGCAAAUCUCUGGGAUGUUUCAGACAAGGAUAUUGAUCGGUUUAGUAAAGCUUUGCUUGAUUCAUGGUUGCAAGAAAAUUUUGCAGACGGCAACAUUUGCUCAAAUUGCUGCCAGCUAACACAAGAAUUUGAAGCCAUGAAAAUUGCUUCCAAGGAAAAUGGCAGAACAAGACGAAAAGGCACACGAGGGAAGAGGCCGCAACAAAUAAAUAAUAGUACUAAAAGCUGCAGCUGCAGGCAGAGGCGAAUAGCUUCAUAUCUAAGUGAGGCUAGGCGUGCUUGCAGGCUUCAACUUCUGAUUGGCGCAUCUCCUGUGUGUUAUGGCGUGCCUACGAUCAUUAGGAAGAAAGUAACGACCGAUUCUGCGACAGGAGAUGAGAGAUGACCUAAGGUGUGGCAGCAUCAGCAUGGUUUUGGCCACAUUGAUAAUGUUGUGAUCUAUGGUGUUGACGUAAGCAGCACUUUCGACACGGCACAGCACCAGCUCAAUUAUACUGAUUAAUUUAGAUGCUGCCGUAGCUCGGAGCCCAUGCUUGGACGGGUGGUUUUUCUGGACGAGCUGCUGUGGACAUGCACCUAUCACUGAUCCAGAGCUAUCUUAACAAGUAUAUAGAACCCUCAUAAAAAAAAUAAGAUAUAGAACUAUUUUUUAUACAUGUGUUGUAAAAUGAUGCUGACCAUUAAUAAAUCUAUAAUGUUAGGUCACGGGAAAAUCAGUUAGAGAAUGUAUGUUUAUUGUUGAGGCCAUUAAUUGUAUAAUACUAUGUAAUUGAUAGCUUUGACAAUUUUCUUAUAACAUAAGAUCUUUUCUGUA